CAUUAUGGAUGGAGGGGAUGAUGGUAACCUUGUUAUCAAAAAGAAAUUUGUGUCUGAGGCCGAACUGGAUGAACGGCGCAAAAGGAGGCAGGAAGAGUGGGAAAAAGUUCGAAAACCUGAGGAUCCAGAAGAAUGCCCAGAGGAGGUUUAUGACCCUCGGUCUCUAUAUGAAAGGCUACAGGAACAGAAAGACAGGAAGCAGCAGGAGUAUGAAGAGCAGUUCAAAUUCAAAAACAUGGUAAGAGGCUUAGAUGAAGAUGAGACCAACUUUCUUGAUGAGGUUUCUCGCCAGCAGGAGCUACUAGAAAAUCAACGAAGAGAAGAGGAACUGAAGGAACUGAAGGAAUACAGAAGUAAUCUCAAUAAGGUUGGAAUUUCUCCAGAAAACAAGAAAGAAGUGGAGAAGAAGUUGGCUGUGAAACCAGUAGAAACCAAGAGCAAAUUCUCCCAGGCAAAGCUGUUGGCAGGAGCUGUGAAGCAUAAGAGCUCAGAGAGUGGCAAUAGUGUGAAAAGACUGAAACCUGACCCGGACCCAGAUGACAAGAAUCAAGAGGCCGCAUCCUGUGUGUCUCUUGGAAGCACUUCCCUGAGUGGGCCCUCCAUCCACUGCCCCUCUGCUGCCGUCUGUAUUGGCAUCCUCCCGGGCUUGGGUGCCUACUCUGGGAGCAGUGACUCAGAGUCCAGCUCAGACAGCGAAGGCACCAUCAACGCCACGGGGAAGAUCGUCUCCUCCAUCUUCCGAACCAACACCUUCCUCGAGGCCCCCUAG